AUGGCUGAUUUCAGAUCUAAAUCAUGGGGAGAGAGGAGAGUGGAGAGCUUUGAUGCCUAUAGAAGCACACGGCCCCCUGGUUUCACAGACCUCAGAUGUUACAGUCUUUCCUAUGCCCAACAGCAACAACCCCAUGACCUGUACAAUUACAAUUUCAAGAAAGGGGGCAACAAGACUUCUAGUUCAAACCCAACUUCUAACAAGUGGGGUUUGAGCAGUUGCUUGAAUGAUCCAGAGUUGCAGAGGAGGAAGAGGAUUGCAAGCUAUAAGAUGUAUGGAGUUGAGGGCAGGAUGAAAGGGUCAAUAAAGAGGAGCUUCAGAUGGCUUAAAGACAGUUUGGAAUGA